CCCAGCCCCAACCACCUGGCAACACUACAGAAUUCCCCACCUGCCGUCACUCCUAAUCUUUGAGUUUAUCGUCAUUGCUGUGAAACAAUUCCGUUUACAACUCCAAACUCCAACGGUCUGGAUUCAGACAAAGACACUUGUAUUGAGUUCACAUCAUAUGAUUACAAAUACGUAGUCAAUUGAGGCAAAUACAUACCUCGGAAUAAAUAUCAAAGAAGCUUACCUAACAAGAUGCGACGGUCGGGCGCUCCUAGUCCGUCGGGCAAAGUCCCACUGAAUGGACACUUUAGGAACGGCAUUUGGUAUUGCAACUGUAUUCCUCGCCUUCCCGCAAUCCAAUACCUAGCCAAGCGAGAGACCCCUAAUAAGGGACGAUCUUUCUACGCCUGCAAAAAGGACAGAAACAAGGAGAAUAAAUGCAAUUUCUUCCUGUGGACUGAGGACGCCCACGUGCGCGAAGUUAAUAACGUCCUGACUAAUUCACGCAGCGAGGCUGAGGGGACUCCCAGCCGGCGGCCUAAGAAGAGGCAGCGAACGCUCCAUGAGAGCAUAACUCCGGCGAAAGAGAAGCGGCAGGAGAAGACUCCUAUUACUAGUCUAGCAGAUCUAGACCGUAUGCUUAACCCCGGUUCUCCUUCUGCGACGGCUCAAAGCUCGACUAUGAAGACUAGGUCUAGCUCCAAGGAGGUGGCCAAAAGUGUACAGAAGAGCGGUUCAUCAGACGAAGAUGAUGACUCGGCUCACACCUCAGACGACGCUCAGGCGCAGUCUGACUCGACGCCAGACACGCCAUCAGCAGCGCCGAAGAGAAAAUGGUCGGACGUCGAGCUAAAUGUCGAGGAGUAUAGCGACCUCACCUCCGGCGAAGAGGAGGAACUCGUCGCUCUGGCCAAUAGCUCAGCCCAACCCCAAACCAAGCAGCGCAACGCCUUCGCCACCCCCUCCGGCUCUCGUACCCUCAUCGAAGACGGCAUGGCAACCCCGCUGACCGAAAAGCCCGUCCGCCGCGUGCUCUUCGCAGACCCCUCCUCCCCCACCACUCCCAAGCGGGACCUAGCCGCAUCCUCAACCAGCCCCCCGUCCUCCCAGCAGCAGCAGCAGCAGCAACAAGACCCCGCCACGCCCGGAAGGGAACGGGAGCUCACGCAGGAAAUCAUGGCGCUUCUGUACGACCAGAACAUCGACGGUGCCGUGCGCCGCAAGAUAAGAAGCUCCUUGGAUCGGCACGCGGCGCGCGCCAAGGGCCUCGAGAGAGGACGCGAUGCGUCGCGCGAGGCGGCUAAGAAGGCGGAGGCUAAGGUCGCGGAGCUGCAGCAGCGGGUUGCGGAUUUGGAGAACCAGAGGAGGUUGGAUGGGGAGGCGAGGCAGAAGAUGAGGACGGAUUUGAUGAAGUUGUAUCGGGAGAGUUAGGAGAGGGGUAUGGGGGAGGGGAUGAAGGACUAGGGUCGUUUUAAGUUGCGUGUUUGACUUUGCGUGAUGGCGCUUGGGGGGGGGGGGGGGGGGGUU